AUGGGCGGACAGGUGAGCACUUGUGGCAGCUUCCAGAGCCUGCCAUGCACCACAAAUACAGACUGGAUGUCAGCGCUGUGCCCCCUGCUCUGGGAUGUGCCCCUCCACCACCUCUCCAUCCCAGGAAGCCACGACACCAUGACCUACUGCUUGAACAAGAAAUCGCCCAUCUCCCAGACCCAGUCCUGGCUGCUGCAGCUUCUGGGCAAGGUCCUGCCAUGUGUCACCCGCCCCGUGGUGCUCAGGUGGUCCACCACCCAGGUGCUGGACGUCACCAAGCAGCUGGAUGCGGGGGUGCGGUACCUGGACCUGCGGAUUGCACACAUGCUUGUCGGCACUGAGAAGAAUCUACACUUUGUGCACAUGGUAUACACCACUGCUCUGGUGGAGGACACGCUCACGGAGAUCUCAGAGUGGCUGGAGAACCACCCCCGGGAGGUUGUCAUCCUGGCAUGCAGGAACUUUGAGGGCAUGACGGAGGACCUGCAUGAGUACCUGGUUGCCUGCAUCCGGAACAUCUUUGGGGACAUGCUGUGUCCCCGAGGGGAGUUGCCGACACUGAACCAGUUGUGGUCACGCGGGCAGCAGGUCAUUCUGUCCUACGAGGAGGAAAGCGUUGUGAGCCGGCACGGGGAGCUGUGGCCUGGGAUCCCCUACUGGUGGGCGGACCAGGUGAAAGCCCAGGAGCUCAUCCAGUACCUGGAGCGCAUGAAGAGCUGCGGCCGCCCAGGCGGGCUGUUUGUGGCGGGCAUCAACCUGACAGAGAACCUGGCGUAUGUCCUCGGGCACCCGUCCCAGUCCCUCAGGAAGAUGACCCUCCCGAACCUGCCGUACCUGAGCGCAUGGGUCCGGGAGCAGUGCCCUGGGCCGGGCGCACGGUGCACCAACAUCAUCGCGGGCGACUUCAUCGGUGCGGACACGUUUGUGGGCGACGUCAUAAGACUCAACGAGAAGCUGCUGAGAUGCUCACAUGUCCCUUCUGCAGCUCACGUGGAGUGCGGGCGGGAAGAGUGGGGAGGAAUUGGGGUGGAGCGGUCAGAGCCCGGAGAGGAGGUCUGGGGAGAUGUGUGUGCCCCUGGCCCCGCCCCGGCCACUGGGCCGACCGGGACAGUGCUGCAGGACUUCACGCCUGCCCCAGCCAUUGAGAAGGCCAGACAGUUCUGCGAGGGGCCUCACACUCCCCAGUCCACUGAGCCGGCCCGGACAGUGCUGGGGGACCUCGCGCCCCCAUCCGCUCAGCCGGCCCGGAGGGGGCUGCGGGACCUCGUGCCCCCCGUCCACUCAGCCGGCCCGGAGGGGGCUGGGGGACCUCACACCAUCCCCGUCCACUGUGUGGGCCCGACAGCACAGGGGACCUCGUAUCAGCUCCACACUCAGCCCUCGGGGCCCCUGUGGGAGGAGUGGAGCCGGCUGGCUGUGAGCGCAGACCAUCCUGGCUUUGUGCUGCAUCAAUGA